GAUGGCUCGGAAGACCGUCUUCGUUGAGAUGGCAGUCCGCGACAUGCGAGGGACGAAGCGGCUCACGGUCGUCAAGUCCUCAGAGCCUGCCAAGUUGACGUUUGCCAGCACUGACGGCAUCGACGCGCUGGACGUGAUCGAGCAGUACCACAUCAUGAAGCUCAACAGCACAUUCAUGUCAUUCAUCACGCGUGGACAACUCCUCGCACGCGUACAAGACGGCGGCCGCAAGCAUUACCGCCCCGUACUCGACCUGCAAGACGUCAAGGACAAUGCGACGCUAAUCUACCAUCCAUGCGCAGAGAUGCAAGCGCAGUUGGAAAAGAACAAUUGUCUUACUCCUGCAGUCGUGAAGCCCCCCGCCCGGGACAUGAGCCACACUCCCACGAAGACCCUCAAGCGGAAAGAUCGCACGCUCUCGGAAGACCGACUCCGCGCGUUCAUGCAACUGAACUCGUCGUCCGGGUCGUAUGGCUUCGAUCCCGCCGAGAGUUCCCGCGGAAGUGCCGACGAUCUCAGCGACGACGACAUCCUCGACUCCCACGGCCAGUGCAUCAAGCCCAAGCUCGCCAAGUCGUCUUCCAAGGUCCGCGACGUGCACAAACCUCCCAUGUCGUCGUCCCACCAAGCGUUGCCGCCGGUGGACAUGCUGUCGCGCGAUUUUGCGCAGUUGGAAAUGCCUGUCGAUUCCUCGGACGAAGAAACGUUCCCGUCGACGGAAAUGAACACCCCCGACAUCUUUAUGAGCUACCACCCCCGCCUCCACACGGCGGCGCCGACGCCGACGACCAUCAACGACGACGUGUUCUUGACGUCCACGUCCUCUCGUCCUUCCAUCGGCAGUCCAUCCAUCUUCGACUCGUCGCGAAGCACCAGUCCAUCGUGUCUGCACAGCGGGCCACGCAAGAGCCGCCCGUCGCUCGAGUCGACGGCGCGCACGUCCCGCCCGUCCUCCGACUUUUCCAUGUCGGAUAUGACCCUCAGCAGCUUUGACGAAACCAUGAGCAGCUACUACUCGUCGUCGCCGUCGUCGUCGUUCUCGUACCGCGAUUCUCUACAAAACGGCGGCAUCAACGUCCGAUCCGACUUCGACGCGAGCUACUGCCUCGGCCGCAUGCUCGGCAAGGGCACAUACUCGACCGUGUACGAAGCCACGUCCACGUGCAUCUCUUCGGACAAGGUCGCCGUCAAAGUCAUCGCCAAGGUGGACGUGCAUGAGCCGCGCUUCCUCUUUCGGGAGAUCGACAUCAUGUCGUCGAUCCACCACGCGGGGAUUAUUCACCUGUUUGACGUGUUUGAAACCGCCGACCACCUCUAUUUAGUGUUAGAACUUGCCGGCCGUGAAUUGUUUGCAUACGUGGACGACCACGGGCCGUUGAAGGAAGGAUCUGCGCGCGGACUCAUCGGCAAUCUUCUGCGCACUGUGUCAUAUCUGCAUGAACGAGGCAUCGUCCAUCGAGACAUUAAGCCAGAGAACAUCCUCCUUGCCCGCGGCGGCGACGACCCGAGCAACGUCAAGCUGUCCGACUUUGGCAUCGCGCGUCGGCUGUAUGGGUCGACCACUCCCCAUACUAUCCAAGAAGACACGACCCUCCUCAACACGACGCCCCGCGAACGAUUUGUCCGCGCACACACGCAGUGCGGCACGCGCGACUACAUCGCGCCCGAAGUCAUGUCCGGCAAGGGCUACGGUCUCGAAGCCGACAUGUGGAGCAUCGGCGUCGUGUUGUAUGUGGUCCUGUCCGGGUUCGCCCCGACCUUUACUGCCGACCACGACCUUGUCUUCACGGAACCGUGCUGGGACGCCGUCUCGGCCGGCGCCAAGGACCUCAUGUGCCGCCUCCUGGUGCGCAACCCCGAGACCCGCAUGACUGCAGCAGAGGCACUGCAGCAUCCGUGGCUCACCUCCUGUUAGAACACCAACCACAUCCUAUUAUUAUAAGAGUAGUGCAGUGCGCACGACCUCAACACGAGUAUAUUUAACGUAUCCACCACUCUCGUUACUGCAGCUUCGUCCAUGUCACACUCCUAGGAUGGAUACCUAGCGCCGCCGUCAGUUGCGCGGCCUACAUGUCGCGGCGACGUUGCAGGUAACG